UUUGCGCUUGCUUGCUUGGCCCUUCCACCACCCCCUUCCGCUUCCUGGUGCCAAUUCCCUGACCUGAUCCUGCACUGACAGCCGAGAGAGCGGACGGCAACAAGUAGGGGGUGUGCGGACGCCGCGAGAGCAGCCGCUGUUGUUCCACCCAUCUCUCCUUCAUCACCAAAGUUGAUCCCCAACUUCCAGCCCCACGCUCACGCACGAGCCACACAUCAACAGCAGCAUGCCCGCCACCAUGCAGGCGGCGACUGUGAUCGUGGCAGCGGUUGUUCUCCUGACGAGCAUCCCGUGCAAUGCCAUGCGCGUGGCAGCGCAAGCGCCGCUCGAGGGGGCCUCGUCCUCCUCGACGUGGUCUUCGUCGUCAUCCACGUCAAGCCUGCCAUACACGUCAAGCAGUGAGGCCUCAAGUUCGACCUCCUCCCUGGCGUUCACGUCGACUGUUCCAGACACGACAUCGCUGCUUGAUACCACGACAUGGCAAGACACGACAAGUACCACAACCACGAUAGCCGCGACAACCACGACGACCACCACAGCCGCUGAGCCACGCACGGCCGUUGCAGCACACGACGUCAGCAGGUGGCCAACCCCUACUGGGGAGGAGUGCUUCUGCACCCCUUCUGGCGGGCCAGUGUGUGGCGUCAACGGCCAGCCCUUUGAGAACGCGUGUAUUCCUUCCUGCGCGCGCAUCCCCUUCUUCGCCGUGCCUUGUGAUCAAGCCCGCUUGGCACAGCUGACGAGCUCAACAACAACCACCAUGACGGAGCUCGCUUCAACAACGGCAAAGGAUACUGGCAUGUUCUCCACGGGCCUGGCCAUGGUUCUGUCGUGGUUCUCUGUCACAAGCAGCAGCAGCGUCGUGCUGCAAUUCACCACGGACGUGGAUGUGAGCACCAUUGACGUGAACCGCAUCUACUUCUACAGCUCAGAGGACCCCAGCACGAUGCUCCAGCUCGAGGCCGAGACGCAGGCAAUGCUGCCAACGGAUGAGGGUCACUGGGUCCAGCUUGCCGUGAGCGCUUCAUCGUGGGCUGACCUUGUUGAGCUGGCUGCCACGCACGUGUUGCUGCUCGCUGGUGCUGUGCAUGCCGUCGACGGUGCGCCGUGUCCCCAGAUGGUGGCUGGCCGCAUCUCUGCGCCGUCUUUCGCGGAGGGCAACGAGCCCGUGGCCGAUACCACCGCUGCGCCCACAUCCAACACGGCGGGCAUUGGCCAGACAUCGACCACGGUUCUCGUCGGUGUUGUGCUGGCAGUAUGCCUGGUGCUUGUGGCCAUCUCAGCGCUGAUGUACGCGAAGCAGAAGCGCAUGAGUGAUUACAAGCCUCACCUGCUUGAUCUUUCGGAGACUGCGAGCUCCUUUGUGCCGAGUCCGGUGCCCAGGCGCAAGAAGGAUGCCGAGUCUGGGCUGGAGUGGGACAACCUGCUGCGCUUCAACAACGGCUUGCCAGCCCACCACCCUUCAUGGUACUCCGAGGGCCUGUCGACUGGCUCCAGCGUCUACGUGGACGAUGACCUCUUGGCUCCGCAGGCAGCGGGCGCUCAGUACGAGGAGGAGCAUGCGCAUGAGGUGGACGCCGCCAGCUACCGCUCGUCUGUGACUGCCAGCGUCCUUUUCUCGUAAUAGACCUGCCAUCGUCACGCGUGCGGCCUGUGUGGCGCAUUGGGCGUGUGUGGCUCUGUGUCAGUGCGUGGUUGCAUGUGUGUGUUUGUGAGUCUGUGCCAGCGUGUGGUUGUGUGUGUGUGUGGUGUAAUAUGGUUGCUUUCUGCAUGAGGAUGGAUGCAUGCGUGCAUGUGCUUCUCAUGUAUCAUUCAUCAUGUGGUUGGGGAGAGUGCAUGCGACGAGCUCGUGUAACACGGGCGUUUUGUGGCGCGGUUGCGCUGCCCGUGUGGAGUGCAUCGCAUAACUGAAGCAUGACGAUGAUGGUGCAUGGGCUUGGUCUGCUUUGUUGUGGUUCUUGAGCGCCGGCAAAGCGCGACACUGAUUGUUGUUGUUGUUGUGUGUUGUGGAUCUGCUUUGUUGUUCAUCGUUUGUUGGGCUAAUGAUGGUGUGCGUUGCCACGCGCCAUGGACAUGGACUCAUCCCUCCUCACUUCAAUACUUGCUUCUUUGUUCCCGUAUUGUGUUGCUUGUCACACGUCUCAUGAUAACUUAAAACUUGGUUCGCUUCACUCCACAGAGGCAGGUCAUGGAAUGACAGCGUACUGGGGGAGCAUGGUGUUUAAAUGACGUGAGAUUACACAAUCGAGGGCG